UGGAUGAGUAUGUUCUAUUGGAAAGGUGAAAAAAUUCUCUUCUGAUUUUGGACAUGGGACUAUUAUUUCUCAAGUAGCAUCUCAUGUACUAAAGUGGAAAAAAACUUAUCUCAAAGGCCUUACUUGACAAAAUGUCAUUUUGUUAUGAAGCCAUAAAUGGUUCCUGUAUAAAGAACAAUUGGACAAAUAUCAUCCGCAUUCCCAUGUACUGUGUAAUGAUACUCCUAAUUCUCACUACAUUGGCUGGAAAUCUUAUGGUUAUUAUCUCUAUUUCACACUUCAAGCAACUUCACACUCCAACCAAUAUGCUAAUCAAUUCCAUGGCCACUGUUGAUUUUCUUUUGGGAUGCUUGGUCAUGCCUUACAGCAUGGUGAGAUCAGUCGAAAAGUGCUGGUACUUUGGAGAGGUCUUUUGCAAACUUCAUACAAGCACAGAUAUCAUGCUAAGCUCAGCAUCAAUUUUCCACUUGUCUUUCAUUUCUAUUGACCGCUACUAUGCUGUGUGUGACCCCCUGAGAUAUAAAGCCAAGAUCAGUGUCUUGGUUGUACUUGUGAUGAUUACAAUAAGCUGGGCCAUCCCUGCCAUUUUUGCCUUUGGGAUGAUCUUUCUGGAAUUAAACUUAAAAGGAGCUGAAGAUUUAUAUUAUAAACAUAUUCACUGCAAGGGGGGUUGCUUUGUGUUUUUCAGCAGAAUAUCUGGCAUCCUGGCCUUUAUGACUUCUUUCUAUAUUCCAGGAUCUAUUAUGCUAUGUAUCUAUGGGAAAAUAUAUGUCAUUGCCAAUGGGCAAGCCAGAUCAAUAAAGAAUUCAAACCAGAAGAUCCAAAAUGCUUUUGAAGAGAAACAGAAAAUUUCACGAAGCAAAGAAAAGAAAGCAGCAAAAACUUUAGGGAUUGUGAUGGGAGUUUUUCUCAUUUGUUGGUGUCCAUUUUUUCUCUGCACAGUCAUUGAUCCUUUUAUGGAUUAUACCAUCCCACCAUUUCUAAAUGAUGUACUAAUUUGGUUUGGUUAUUUAAAUUCUACCUUGAAUCCAAUGGUUUAUGCAUUUUUCUAUCCAUGGUUUCGAAGGGCCCUAAAGAUGAUUUUUUUGGGUAAAGUUUUCAAAAAGGACUCUUCUAGGUGUCAAUUAUUUUUAGGGCUAAAUACUUAGAAAUAUGUUUAACUUGGAUUUGGUUUUGUGUUAUUUAUGAAUUGAUGUACGUAGGUAAAAAUUAAUGUCUUUUAAAAAUGGAAAUUUAUUUAUACAUCUAUUAUUAUUGAACUUUUAUAAAAACUUAUUUACAGAAAAUUAGAUAUAUUGAGCUUUAUUGUGUUGAUCUUCUCCUCUAAUAAACAUGAUAGUAGUUGUAAUUUUUUCCUAGUUAUUGGAUGGUCAGCACAACUCUGCUGAGGAUCUAUUUAAAAUUUUUUUCUAAAAAUCUUAAAGUAGUAAAUUAGUUGUAGAUGUUAUAUUUCUUUGAGUGAAAUAUAUUUUUUUUUUCAAAAUUUAUCAACAAUUAAUGGGUCACUUUGUCAGAAAUGAGAAUAAUCACAACUCUAUGAUUCAGUAAUCUCUUCUUCUCCUAUUAUUACUUUAUGUACUUGUUUGCCAGUUAUCUUUCAAGAGGCCAUUCUUUUCUUCUUGACUAUAUUCUCUGCAGUUAUAAUAUUGUCACAUGUAGGUGAGUGAAAUUGCACUACAUUAAAGAGUAAAUACCAAAACAAGCAAUUUAACCUGUGACUGUAUCAGAACUACAAAUUUUCUGCUUGAUUUAUUUUCAAAAUACAAAUUUAGCUUUAAUAAUAUUAAAUAUUAAAUACUAUUUCCAAACUAUGUAGCAGAUUAAGGGAAACAAGUGUCUAGACCUAUUGUGAACCUUAUCAAAUCAUCCAUUUGUUCCAAUCUCGCCUUUUAUUCAUUAAUUUCAUUUAACAUAUGACUGAAAAAAAUCUUCUUGAUUUAUUAUUUUUUUCCAAGCACUUGAAACCUUUCUGAUCUUCUGGAAUUUCACUUUUUAAAACUUUUCUUUUUCUGCAAUCAGUUGUGAAGCAACAUUAAAGGACCAAAAUUAGGUCUUUUUUCUUCUCUUUUUUUUUCCUGGUUCAUCACUUCUACACCAGCACCACCACCUUUUCCUUGUGGCAAGUAUGUGGGAAUUGAGGAUGGAUUGGGAUCCUUAGGAGUGAUAACAAAGGAAGAUAACAAAGGGAUAACUCCCAGAAUUUCUGGGAGUUAUAAAUGGAGCUCUUUGGCACCCUGGUAAUUUCAGAACAUUGUCUAAUUUCAGCUUUCCAUAGUAUUACUACUAUAUGAUGGAAUGUUUUUCUCUUUCUCUUUGGAGAUCAAUUAAAUUUAAUAUAUUGGUAUAUUGAAGGUGACUAGGAAGAAAGUGUUAUUUUUAUUAUGUGCAGAGGGCAAAUUAUCCAAAUAAAAAGAAACUGCAUCAGAGUUCUGAUCUUAGUUUUCCCACAGAUUACUGGUCUAACCUAGAAAUACUAUGAAGAAAUUAAUCAAAUAGGGUCAAACCAACAAAAUUUAGAAAAAACUAUGGCUUUAGAUUGAAAUUAGAUCAGAAGCUUAUAAGCUAUGAAUUCUAUUUGUAUAAUAUAGAAUAUGCUAGUAUUCCAUAGUGUUAAAUGAUUGAUUUUAUAUAUAUAUAUAUAUAUAUAUAUAAUAUAAAUGAGUACAAAUUAUACUUUGAGUCUAGGGUAUCAUAAAAUAUAUCAAUAAAACCUGCAAAAUGCAUAGUCCAGAUACUGAAACAUUUUAUUUUGAACUUUUGAAAGAUAGGGAAUAUUGCAGAUUCAAAGAGAAUUUAAAAUUCUUGUCAUUGUGAGUGAAAAAUGAAAAUUUUCAACUACAAAUCAACUGAAACCCAAAUAAUAAAAGAAUCAUUGCUUUUACACCCA